AUGCGCGACGACGACGACGCGACGUGCGACCGAGGUCCGAUCGUCGAUGACGUCCCGGGAGGGUUAGAGUUCCGCGCGCCGAAGAAUCGCGCGCCGAGUGGAAAUUCUUCUCGUCCGAGCCAAGGAAGUUUGCUCGGGUUGCAAGCGCUCGCGGCGCGAAAGCGGGCGGAGAAGCGCUCGAGGGAUGACAAAGAUGGCGAUAAUGAUCACGGUGACGAUCGGGGGGCGUCGCACGGGCACCUGGGGCGGGCGUUCGGGGAAGAGCGGCGAUUUAGGGAGCGGCGGGCGGAGACGCCGAGUCACCCGGGCGGCGUCGAUACAAAGGCGCGAGAGUCGAUAGAUCGACGGCGACGCGAGCGCGGUCGCGGGAUCGGAGGAUAUGAUGAACGACAGGAUCAGCGAGGCGGCGAGCGCGGCGGUGGGGGCUGGCGAAGCGGCGGGAGAGACGGCGAGUGGGAGGAGACGCCGAGUCGCGGACGUGAUGGGCGAAUGAUGACGCCAAAUUUUCACAGGGAACGGUCGUGGGACGACGUCGCGGCGCCGCCGGCGACGGUAAAAAGCGGAAUAAGGACUGGAGCGGCGAGCGGGACGUCGAGUCAGCGCUCGCACGCAUUGAGAUUCGAGAUGGAUACGCCGGCAGCGACGCCGUCGUGGAAGUCGAAUUCGUGGGCAACAAACGCGAUUGCGAACGCGAACAAAUUCGUCACUGAGGGCACGGUAGUGGCAGAAGAAGACGUGGGCGCGCCCGUACCGGACACGGAGGCCGAGAAAGUGCUGGAUCGAGCGUGGUACGACGACGACGAGGGUGGCGGCGCACACGGAGACGCGCACAAUCCGUUCAACUCGAGCGCGCGCGAUGAGGCGCGAUAUGCGAAGAAAGAACAGGAAUACGCCCAACGCUUGACUCGACGCGAUGGAUCGAAGAUGUCAAUGGUGGCGUCGCGGCGUGUAAGCCAGCUCAACGCCGAUUCCAACACAUGGGAAGAGAACCGUAUGAUGACCUCCGGCGUCAUUCGCGCCAAGGAGAUCGAUCUCGAUUUUGACGACAUCGAGGAGAACCGAGCGGUGCUUCUCGUUCAUGACACGAAACCUCCAUUCCUAGAUGGUCGUGUGGUGUUCACCAAGCAACAGGAGACGGUUUUGCCUGUGAAAGACUUGACGAGCGACAUGGCACAAAUCGCGCGCAAGGGCAGCGCCUUGGUCAAGGAAGUCCGCCAGAAACGCGAGGAGAACAAGGGUCGCGACAGAUUCUGGGAAAUGAAAGGAUCGAAAAUGGGAUCAAUCACUGGCACGACUGAAGCUGAGAACAAAGAGGCCGCCGAGAACGCCGCUGCGGUGAAAGAUCGAGACGAGGACAGGCCAGACGUCAUCGGAGCCGAUGGCGAAAUCGACUUCAAGGCUGGCGCCAAGUUCGCAGAACACAUGAAGACUUCGAAGAGCUCGGCCCAAAGCGAGUUCGCGAAAACGAAGACGUUAAAAGAACAGCGUGAGUUUUUGCCCGUGUUUGGCUGCCGAGAGGACUUGAUGCACGUCAUACGCGAAAACCAAAUUGUUGUCGUUGUCGGAGAGACGGGGAGCGGUAAGACAACGCAAAUGACACAGUAUAUGCAUGAGGAGGGAUAUUCCACCUUUGGCAUGGUAGGUUGCACGCAACCUCGUCGAGUGGCAGCGAUGAGCGUCGCAAAGCGCGUCAGCGAAGAGAUGGGAUGUGAACUUGGUAAAGAGGUUGGUUAUGCCAUUCGUUUCGAAGAUUGCACCGGGCCGGACACGAUAAUCAAGUACAUGACGGACGGCGUCCUCUUACGCGAGACUCUCCGCGAGCCGGAUUUGGAUAUGUACAGCUGUAUCAUUAUGGAUGAAGCGCACGAACGUUCGCUCAACACUGAUGUUCUCUUCGGUAUUCUGAAAAAGAUUGUUGCUCGUCGCCGAGAUUUCAAACUCAUCGUCACAUCUGCGACGUUGAAUUCUGAAAAGUUCAGCAACUUCUUUGGAUCUGUGCCAAUUUUCCACAUUCCCGGGCGGACGUUUCCGGUGGAAAUCAUGUAUUCCAAGACUGUCGUCGAAGACUACGCCGAGGCCGCGGUGAAACAAGCGCUUUCUGUGCACCUCUCCUCCGGACCGGGAGACAUUUUGAUCUUUAUGACUGGUCAAGAAGAAAUUGAAGCGGUGACUUACUCGCUUGAGGAACGCGUUGCUCAGCUCAUGAGCGAAGGAACGUGUCCACCAUUGAACGUUCUGCCGAUAUACUCGCAACUUCCGAGUGAUUUGCAGGCUAAAAUUUUUCAGGAUGCAGAGGACGGGAAUCGAAAAUGCGUCGUCAGUACGAAUAUUGCCGAGACAUCUCUGACGCUCGACGGCGUCAUGUACGUCAUUGACAGCGGUUAUUGCAAGCUCUCCGUGUUUAAUCCACGCAUGGGUAUGAAUGCCCUGCAAGUGUUCCCGUGCGCGCAGGCCGCGGUCAAUCAGAGAGCAGGUCGCGCCGGUCGUACGGGGCCGGGUACGUGCUAUCGUCUGUAUACGGAGUCAGCGUACAAACACGAAAUGCUCCUCUCCGUCGUGCCAGAAAUUCAGCGCACCAACCUCGGCAACGUUGUUUUACUGUUGAAGUCGCUGAAUGUUGAAAAUCUUCUCGAUUUUGAUUUCAUGGAUCCGCCUCCGCAGGAGAACAUCUUAAACAGUAUGUAUUCACUGUGGAUCUUGGGCGCGUUGGACAACACAGGUGGACUCACGAAGCUGGGUUUGAAGAUGGUCGAGUUCCCGGUCGAUCCGCCGUUGGCACAGAUGCUCAUCAAGGCCGAAGAAGCUGGGUGCUCGAAUGAAAUGCUCACCGUGGUAUCGAUGCUCUCCGUGCCCUCUGUUUGGUAUCGACCGAAGGAUCGCGAGGAGGAAGCCGAUGCCGUUCGCGAAAAAUUCUUUGUCCCGGAGAGCGAUCACUUGACCAUGCUCAACGUCUACACCCAGUGGAAAAACAACAAUUACAGGAACGAGUGGUGUAACAAGCAUUUCAUUCAGGGUAAAGGCCUUAAGAAGGGUCGAGAGGUUCGAGCGCAGCUCGCGGACAUCAUGAAGUCGCAGAAGAUAGAGCUCGUGAGUUGCGGACAGGAUUGGGACGUCUGUAGGAGAUCGAUCGCGGCAGCUUACUUCCCCCAAGCGGCACGUCUCAAAGGCAUUGGUGAGUACGUGAAUGCUCGAAACGGAAUGCCUUGUCAUCUUCACCCGAGCUCGGCGUUGUACGGAUUGGGAUACACGCCCGAUUACGUCGUAUAUCACGAACUCAUCAUGACUUCGAAGGAGUAUAUGCAGUGUGUUACGGCCGUCGAGCCAAGCUGGCUCGCUGAGUUCGGUCCGAUGUUUUUCACUCUCAAGGAGAGCCAUUCGAGCAUGCUGAAAUCGAAGGCAAAGCGAAAAGAGGACAAGGCUCGAAUGGAGGCUGAAAUGCAAGCCAAACGCGACGCGGAGGAAGAGCUGGAAGCCGCUGGUCGCGUGCGCGAGGAGCAUUUGCGAGCGAAACAACGAAGCCAAAUUGUGACACCCGGGAUGAGAUCGUCCGCUGGAACGCCGAGCGUGAACUCUGGAAGCUCUUCGUUGCGGCCGGGUUCAAGCGUUCGGCGCGGCCCAGGUGGGAAGACUCCCGGUAGACGAUUUGGACUAUGA